UGAACAUGGGCGGGGCUUGUGAUGUUUUCUUCCGGGACGCUGCUGUCACGUCAUGGCUUCACUUGAUCGAGUGAAAGUGUUAGUUUUAGGAGAUUCCGGUGUAGGAAAGUCCUCCUUAGUGCACCUUUUGUGCCAGAACCAGGUUCUAGGAAAUCCAUCAUGGACUGUUGGCUGCUCGGUAGAUGUGCGGGUACAAGACUACAAAGAGGGAACCCCGGAUGAAAAGACUUACUACAUUGAACUAUGGGAUAUUGGGGGCUCCGUUGGCAGUGCCAGCAGUAUCAAAAGCACCAGAGCUGUUUUUUACAAUUCAGUCAAUGGAAUUAUUUUGGUACACGAUCUGACUAACAAGAAGUCCUCUCAGAACCUUUAUCGCUGGUCACUCGAAGCUUUGAGCAAGGAUUCUUCUCCAACAGGAGUCAUUGUCUCUAAUGGUGAUUAUGACCGGGAACAAUUUGCUGAGAAUCAAGUUCCAUUGCUGCUGAUUGGCACCAAGUUUGACCAGAUCCCUGAGAACAAACGUGGCGACGUUCUCACCCGGACGGCCUUUUUAUCCGAAGACUUUAACGCAGAGGAGAUCAAUCUAGAUUGCACCAAUCUCAGAUACUUGGCUGCAGGAACGUCCAAUGCUGUGAAACUUAGCAGAUUCUUUGACAAGGUGAUCGAGAAAAGAUACUUCACAAGAGACUCAAGUCAGAUGACAGGCUUCACGGACCGAAGGCGCUUCAACUUCAAGAGUUUGCACUAUGACUGACUAACUGAACUCGGUCUGUGGUUUUGACGUUCCACCGCCGGACUUUCACUUUCAUUUUUUCUUCGCUUGACUCGGGAACAUCUUUUACAGCGGCCCACUAAGGUUUAAAUAUGAUAAAACAUAUGAGGAAUGAAGGAAAUCAACAUAAACAAUAUGGCAAAAGGA